UCCUUGAAAGAAUGGAGAAAAAUGGAGGGAAACCAUGUCAGCAGCAUUAUGAGCUGGUUUCGUCAGCGUUUUGGAAAACAAAGGAGUGAUUCGGACCAAGUUAAACCAUGUAAAUGUUCUCAGACGUGCUCCUCCAACACCAGCAGCUCGGUGUGCUCCUCAUCCUCCUCCUCUUCCUCCGUGAAAUCCUCCAUUUCAGCUAAGCCUUCGGCCUCAGAUCAGCCUCUGCCCUCCGUGCUCUCCUCCCCCUUCCGCUCCUCUCUCAGAUUUGACGUUCUUGUGUGUCACAACGAUGAGGACAGUGAUCUAGCACAGAGUCUGGCCUCUUUCCUAGAGGCCCCGUCUAACGGCCUGCGCUGUUACCUGCAGGAGCGUGACUGUCCCGCAGGAGGCGCUGUGUCCACUGAGCUGCUGCAGGCCAUUCAGGACAGUCACUGCUGGCUGUUACUCGUCACUCCUAACUUUGUGAAGGAUGACUGGUGCAAGUAUCAGAUGCACCAGGUCCUGUCUGAAGGGCCCAUGUCACAGAGGAUCAUCCCGGCUGUAGUAAACAUGCCCAGAUCACAGCUCCCGCUCGAACUGCGCUUCCUCUUCACUGUGGAUCUGAAUACGAACAAAGAGUUUGGCUACACUCAAGUCUACAGAGCGGUGUUUCAAUAUUUGAAGGACAUGUCUGAGAAGAAAAAGCACAGCAGUGCAUCUCAGUCUGAUGGCUGAGAACAGACUCAAACUGUCAACAUUCAUUGCAUUGACUACAAUGACAAGAUUGUUCACUUCCGUGAAGUGACGUCCAAGCAGACAAGCUGUAUCAUAACACCGUAUCUCCGCAUCUCUGCCUAAUGUCUCAAAGUUCUCAAAACUAAUUUAAAGAUGAAAGGUCAAAAUUGGUUCAUUUAACCGUCAUGCCUUAUACAAAUAUAACACACACUACCGCUCUUUUCUGCUCACCAAGUCUGCAUUUACUUGCCAGAAAAAACAAGUAAAAUAUUUGAUAUUGUGAAAUAUUAUUACAAUUUAAAACCAAUUGUUUUCCAUUGUAUUAUAUGCAUCAGUGUUUUAAUGCUAAAUCUUUUUUUUUUUUUUGGAAACUGUGAUGCUUUUGUAUUUUCAGGUUUGGUUUAAUGAAUUGGAAUUCAUUAAUGUGUGUCCCUGCUGAUUAAAAUUAUUAAUUUCUUAAACAAGC